UAGUGCAACGUGCUCGCCUCGAAGACGGUGAACGAGUUCCGAGUGAAGUGCUGCGAAGCAGCGCUCGUCGGCGAGUGCCCGAAGUGCCGCGUUUCUUCUUCCUUCGCUCUUCUCGCCUGCUCGUGCCGCGUCGGCUCGCGUUGGAACGAUCGUCGUCACCCGUCGUGCUCGUCGCGAGUUUUCCUGCUGGGAGCGGUGUGAGUCAGGUAUUAUCACCACCACCAAUCAUCACUGUAGUGAGUUCCGCUACAUCUCCGAUGAGUUCAGUGAUUCAGUGACGACGUGUGCGCGCGCGCCGAUGACUCGAGCGAGUUCCACUACCUGACGCCGACACGCGCCGAAAGAUGCACCGCUGGGCGCACGUCUCGCUGGCGAUCCUGGCCGCGCUCUCGGCCACGGUCGAGCCGAGCAACAGGUACCGGCAGCCGGCCGAGCAGCAGUCGUCGAUCUACUACACGGAGCCGACGACCCUGGUGAACAGUGCGACCGACAGCCACGACGGUGUGACCGAGCUGCACGGCGGCCGCAUCGUCCGAGGUCAGAGGUUGCUGCAGAGGAGCAAGAGCCCGUACUUGCUGCGCGAGGAUCUCUACGUCGAGAGCGACGGCGAGCUCGUUCUCGAGCCCGGGGUGGAGGUCCGCUUCGGCCCGAUGGUCGGCAUCACCGUCCGCGGCGUCGUCACCGCCGAGGGCAAAACAGACGACAAGAUUCUCCUGACCGCAGCGGACGCGGAGACGCAAGUGCCGGUCAUUCAGUCGACAUCUUCGAUACGGCUAGUCGACGGGCCGAGUCCGUUAACAGGCAGACUGCAGCUUCAUCAUAAGGGCAGUUGGCGUUCCGUCUGCACGAACUCGCGAAAUUGGACUCGCGCGGACUUGGAGACAGCCUGCCGACAGCUCGGCUACCAAGGUGGACAAUGGUGGUCGUGGAUCGACAGGCAAUGGCCGGCCAGAUCGCGUCUCCUCCUCGAGGAGCCGGGCUGUCGCGGCAUCGAGCCUGCGUUGGCAACGUGCGAUGGGUGGCUGGACAGACAAUUGGGUGGCGGUGUGUGCGAUUACCAUCCGGACAUGGGUAUCUCAUGCUUACCGCGUCACGACGGUGCGACCAGGGCGAUCAAGCAUUGGCGAGGGAUACGAUUCGAGAACGCGGUGCACAGCAGAUCGCUCAUCCAGGAGAACACGCUCUACGUGCGUCAGUCGAAGUCGAUCCUGCGAAACACGGUGAUCGAAUACGCCGGGACCGGAAGAGAAUACAACGUUACGUCGGCGAUAGACGUGGUGGGUGUGCCACCGAGGAUGGAGUCCAUCUCCGUUCUUCAUUCCGCUUUCAACGGUAUUAACAUUACUACGCCAGAUGCGCCGGUCGUGAUAAAUAAUUGCACCGUGCAGUACAACAAAGGAUACGGGAUUUACGUGAACAGCUCGUCCGGCAUGGUGUACCUCGAGAACUGUACAGUGGAGGAUAACGGCGCGGACGGCAUCAAGUACGUGCACUUUGACGAGCGACCGGACGACAAAUUGGACCGUACCGGCGUGUACGAUCUGUGCACCUUCCCCACGACGACCAGUCAAACCUUCCCCGUCACCAUUUCCAUGGAACAGAGCAAAUACGCGCCUAACGUGAAACAAUGUCCCCAACACAUCUUCGCGAGAUGGGGCCACGUCCUGACGCUGCAUUUUCUGCAAAUGAGAACCGACAGGAACGACAGCGCCAUUGUGGAGGUGUACGACGGUCUCAGCAGCUCCGACAAGCUCUUGGCCAGCGUGAAAAUCAGGAACGGGACGUUGCCGCAGAGCGUGACCUCGACGCGGCAGAAUCUCUUCCUGAAGUUCACGGCGGAGUCGCGGACGAACACGAUCGUGUUCGUGCGCAUCUCGUCCGGCUACCAGAAAACGUACGAUCUCAACGUGACGGGCGGCGUAAUAGCGAGCAACAAUGGUCGCGGUAUCAUCGCGGAGAGGCUGCGGUCCGCUUUGCACAUCCACGAGACCUCGGUGUCGAACAACAAGCACGCGGCCGGCGUGCACGUGCUGGACGGCGCCAUGGACGUCAAUAUUACCGCGAGUCGCGUCGCCUUCAAUGAAGGGGACGGCGUUAACAUCACCGUGAAAGGCGGCAAUCGCAACGUGUCGCGUAGCAUCAUCUCGUCCAACCAUGGUUACGGGUUCGCGGUGUGGCUGAACGACAGCACCGCUACCGAGUACGUGCACUUCAAUCAGACCACCGUGAUCGAGUACUCGAAGAUAUAUCGGAACGACGACAUCGGUGUGCUGGUCGGCAAUUCAACCGGCGACUCGUACGUGAAUAUCACCGGCAACUGGUUCAACAGCAGUAUAGAGACGGCGCUGCAAGUGGAGUCCAGUUGGAGGCGGGACAACGGAUUGCUGAGGCUGCAGAUCGGGCACAAUUCGUUCGUGAAGAACAAGAAGUUCGGCAUCAGGUUGUACCCGGCGCUCAAUCUCCGCGGUACCAUCGAGUACAAUCACUUCAGGGAGCAAAGGAACGGCGGGAUCCUCAUAAGGAACCCCCUCUACGAGGAGUUCAACGUUCUGCCCGCGGACAUCGUGAUUCGGCACAACGAGUUCUACUCCAACCGGGGCACCUUCGUCGCCAGCAUCGGCCUGUCGCCCUACAGCGACGUGCAGCGGCUGCUCUUCACGAGGAACUUCCUGCGAGACAAUCGCGUCCGCGAGCUGUUCGACACCGGCGGCACGUCGAGGGCCAAGUUGAUACCGCGCUCCAGGGUCGCCGCCGUCGUCGUCGUCUCUUCGGCCAACGUCGAGGUCUUCCGUAAUAUCCUGCACAACUCCAACUCGCGUUACGAAAUCGGCUCCCAACUGGAGGACCAGAGCAAGGUGAUCAAUUGCACUUACAACUGGCUGGGGUUCACCGACGACGAGAAGAUAUUCGACCGGCUGUUCCACAGGAAGGACAGAUACAAUCUCGCGAAGAUCGAGUACCUGCCUUACUUGCUGCACAACAGCAACCCGGGCGCGAACACCAUCAUCUCGAAUCCGACGUUCGUCGCGCAGUUCGUCACACCCAGCACGAAUCUGGUCGGCGGCGAGGUCGACGGUCAAGAGGAGCUGAAGGCCGGAGAGUACAUCGUCGAACGCGACAUCAACGUGAGACCAGGCGGCAAACUGAUCUUGCAGCCGGGCGUGACGUUGCGCUUCCCACCUGCCGUGGGCAUGAUGGUCGCCGGCAAGUUGGACGCGCGCGGAAGAGGACCCAACAAUAUCUUGUUCACUCUGAAGGAAGAGCCGGUUAUAGAGCCGCCAAACAAAACCGAGGAGGACUACAUGAUUCAAAUCGACGAGACGGAGUCCGCUCCGGUACGGCUUCUCGGCGGCAAGACGAGCCUCGAAGGAAGAUUACAGGUGAAAAUCGCAAAUAAAUGGGGAACCGUGUGCAACUACGGCUGGACGAUGCUGGACGCGGCGUUGGUCUGCCAUCAGCUGGGCUACAUCCUCGACUCGGACAACUGGUUCAUGGAACGUUCGCAAAUCCCGAACUCGGGGAUCAACGAGGACAUACUGUUCAGCAACGUGCGCUGCACCGAGCACGACAACGACAUAACGAAGUGCCGGGCGGAGCAGCAGCAGGACUUCGAGAACUCGUGCACCCACGCGAACGACGUCGGUGUCAGGUGCCUGGAACCGGCAUGGGCGGGCCUCAGAUUGGGACCGUUGGCACUGAGAAGCGAUCUGCAGUACCUGACGAUCGAGAAGGCGGGCCUGCUGGAUUACAGGACGAAUUUGUUCAAGCCAGCUCUGCAGAUUGACUUCGCUCGGCAUUCCUUAGACGGCAUCAAGGUCGUGAACAAUCUGCAGGACGGCUUAGGGGUGCUGUACUCGGACAUCUACUCGGCGGACGCGAUAAACAUCGUGAUGAACAGCGAGUUCUCGCAGAACGGUGGCAGCGGGGUCAGCUUCAAGCAGCUCGGCAUGCGGAUCGUCAACUCGAGAAUCGAGAGCAACAAGGUGGCCGGUAUCAGGCACAAUCCCGCGCUCUCGGCCGUGCAGCAGAGAGAAUUCGCCGGCUGGUUCUUGCACGCGCCCGACACCACCGUCGACUCCCCGUACAACCCCAUCGUCCUGCCGGAAUCGAAUCAGAACAUCAAGCUCACCAACGGCGAAACCAAGUACAUCGUCACGUCCAAAGUGGCCGGCGAGUCCAUCCGUCGCAUCGUCAGUGUUGAAUGCACCCCGGGCUACGUGAUCGGCAUCCAAUUGCUGAACCCGAUAGAGAAUCGAAGCACGGAACAGAUAAUACUGCGCAACUCGCCGCGCAACGACAAGAAUCAGAUGAGUUGGCAUGUGAAGCGAGAUCUGAGCGUGUUCCCGGUCUCGUCCAGCUCCUUCUUCGUGUUCCUGGAGUACGAGAGCGGCGAGGAUGCUCUCGGUGGAGCCGUCAUGGCUGUCACGCCGCUCUUGGCCCCGGUGCAGAACAUCCCCAACAGGAUCGUGAGCGGGCCCGUGCCCUCGCUGGUGGUGACGAAGACGUACAUCAAGAACAACCAGAAAGGCGUGUUCGCGUCCUACUACAAUCGCUACCUGAACGAGAUCGGGGACUACUUCCUGCGGAAGGCCAACGAGAGCAUCCAGCUGAUCGGAUGCGACAUCUCGCACAAUCACGAGGAGGCCGUUUACGUGUACUCACCGUACUGGAACGUCCACCACACGAACAUGUCCGAGAUCUCCAUUCACAUCAACAGCAGUUUGGUCACGUACAACGGCAAAGGCGUGCGUCAGUUCAGCCGCGACGCCAGGCACUCCAACAACCUCUUCCACUGGAUCAUGCAGGACAGCACGGUCGAGUGGAACCGCGGCGGCGGCUUCGAGGUGCUGCUGCCGGACGUGUGGCAGUACAACGAGAACUUCACGCACUCCCUGUACUUCGCCAACAACACCUGGCGCAACAACGAGCUCUUCGGCUUCGUGGUGGACGGCCACUUCGCGCGGCUCAACAUCUCGCACAAUCGCUUCGAGAGCAACCGCUGCAAGACCGGGCUGAUAUCCGUGCGCGGCAUGGAAAAGCAAAUCAGAAUCGACAACAAUCGCAUCGACGGCAACACCGGCGCCUACAUGGUCGAGUUCCGCGCGAACAGCCAGUCCGAGAUCCUCGGCAACGUGUACGCGCACUUUUAUUACAACGAGGUCAAGCGGAACCGACACGAGGCCGCCGGGCCGUCGCGUCGCGCGACUCUCGACGAUCCCAGCUACGUCGUCGGCUUCCACGGGAUACAGAAGGUGCGAAUCAACCGGAAUCUCUUCGGCGACAACUCGCUGGAUUACGAGCUGCUGGCCGGCAUCAGAACGGCCAAGAUUAACAACGAGGUGGACGUCAUGCAGAACUGGUGGGGCACCGCGGAGGACGCCGGUAUAAGACGGAGAAUCUUCGACUUUGAUGAUUGGAACGACCAUGCGGUGGCCAAUUACACCCCGUAUCUGAUGACCGAUUCGUUAGACUCGUCCAUCUCCGCGUCGUGGCGCAUCAGCCAAGAGAUCGACCUGGACAAUCUGGGCGGUCGCAUCAUCGAGAACCUGUCGUUGCACGCGAGAUCUCAGCCCUACGUCGUGCGUUCCGACAUCACGGUGAUGCCGGAGGCAACUCUGUACAUUUAUCCCGACGUCGUGAUGGAGUUCGCCCCCAACGUCGGCAUCCUCGUCUUGGGAACGCUGAAGGCCGUCGGUGUGCCCGGCCAUGAGAUCAUAAUGCGGCCGAUGAAGCGAACGGCCGUGAACAACUCCGCCAAUGCGCUCAGAAGUCCCGAUAAUUCAGCCAAUCUCGUCGCGUUGCCGAAUGAAAAGAUCCGUUUGUGCAAGGACGGCCAUUGCUCCGCAUCGUACAACGAAGGCUUUCUGGAGUACUUCAACAAAACGACCCUGCAAUGGAUGCCGAUAUGCGACGACCGGUUCACCGAGCGCAACGCCCAAGUGGCGUGCCGGCACCUCGGCCACGACACCCUCAAUGUCUACGUGUCGUACGGGCGCAGGUACGAGCUGCAUCCCGGCUCGCUGACGCGCGUCUGGUCUUGGCCGGAGCCGCUGCAGUGUAUCGGCAAGGAGCAGAGCCUCGAUGACUGCCAGAUACGGCUGAACGGCCAGAUGUUCGGCCAUCGUCACGAGUGCCCGUGGGACGGCCGGUUCGUCUUCCUGCACUGCGGCGAGCGCAACCUGGACGAGGAGCACGAUUACUGGGGCGGGAUACGCAUCGCCAACAGCAAAUUCGAGCAUCACCUGUUCGAUCACCGCUACCACGACAUCGUUACGCACGAGAACAGGAGGCGCGUUGAAUCGGUCCUCAGCUUCGUCAACAUCACCGGCGCCGGGAUCCUGCAUCUGGAGAAGUCCGCCGCUGUACAGUCGAUCAUGAAGUCCCCGGCGAUGGCGCACGUCAAUAUCGACCGCAGCGCUUAUCACGGCAUCAACGUCGUGUCUCCCACGCACACGGUGGAGCUGCUGUUCAACGCGAUCAGCAACGUCCUCGGCAACGGCGUCAACGUACUGUCCCUGACCGGCGAGGGCCGCGAGGCCGACGAGAGCUCGUUCACGCCGCUCAAGGACCUCAAUAUCCCCUAUCACUUGUUCAGCAUGGUCGACAUAUGCGACACCACCAAGGAGAUCGAGAUCGAGGAGCGCGUGAUCGUCUAUUACAAGUACGACAAUUACCCGGUGAACUGCGUCAAGAUCUUCCGCAGCCCCGAGAGGUCCAAGCCGUUCGGAUUCAGACUCUUGCAAUUUAAUCUGUACAACUCCACCGGGAAGCCCGGCCGCGCCGACGGUAUCACCCUGUACGACGGCGACAUUUACAACAUCACUUCCAGGAAGAUAGGCCACCUGGAGGUCAACUCGGCGGACGAGAAGAAAAUGUUCAAGACGCAGGAGCCGAGCCUGAGCGUGAGGUUCUUCGCGAACGGCGCCAGCAACACGCACGGCUUCAUCGCGGAGAUCGUGACUCUGCCGAUAUCCGCGAUCGGUUUUAAUCGCGACGUUCAGCACAACGUCUCGUAUUCCGCGAUAUCGGCAUGCCGGGAGGGCGCGGUCAAGUACGCGAGCGCCGGCGAGGUGAACGCCAUAAUAACGCUCGAGCGCAAUCAGUUCGUGGGGAACUGCGAGAAGCUGUACGGCAACUUCACCACCUGCAAGUCCGCGCUCUGGUUCGACGUCCAGAACACGCAGUCGCUCUACUUCAGGUACAACCUGGUGCAACGGAACCAGGGCGGCCUUUCCAUUCGCGCCGACUCCAGAGGCUCGGCGACCUCCCUCAAAGCGUGGAUUCACAAUAAUCUCUUCGCGGAGAACUUCAACAAGCCCGCGUUGUACGUCGAGGGCCGGCAGAGCAGUCCUUAUCAGGAGGUGACGAUAUUCCGGAAUUACUUCACGAAGAACAACGCUCCCUACGAGAACAACAUCGUGCUGAAGCAGGUGGUGAGCAACAUGACGCUGAAUUAUCUGCACGGGAACCUCGGUAUGCACCUGCUGGAGAUCUCCGGCUUCGAGAAGGUCCGUCUGCGCAUUUACCAGAGCACGUUGCACAACGGCUUCUACAAGAACUACGCGGUGGACCGCGCGGGCCGCAGCACCGUCGUCGCCGGCACACCCGGCCAGCUGUACGUCGACAACGUCUUCUUCAACCCGGACAACGAUUACGAGAUGCUGACCACGAACAGGUCUCAGCAGCUGGAGAUAUGGCUGUCCCACGUAGACGCGCGGCACAACUGGUGGGGUUACAACGAGACGCUGGCGGUGGCGGGGCGCAUCAGGGACCGCGGGGACUCGCCCGAGCUGCUGCAGGUCGAUUAUCAGCCCUUCCACAUGAACAACAAGUCGGUGCUGAGCGGCAAAUGCCCGCCGGGCUGGGACCUCGUCGGCGACACCUGCUACAUAUUGAUCGGCGCGCCGAUGGACUUCUACAGCGCCCGGGACUUCUGCCGAUCGGCCAACGCCUCGAUGCCGUUCAUCAUGGGCGAUUACCUGGAGCUGUGGAAGUUCGCGCGCAGGCAGCAGGAACGAUUCGACUACUCGGAGCGCGUGUGGGUGCAGCAGCUCGAGCGGCUGGACCAGUGCACGGUGUUCACCUACCAAACGAUCGAGAUCGACCACUGCGCCCAGCCGAAUCCGUUCAUCUGCGAGAUCGACCCGAGGGUCAACAUCGACCCGCUCUCGUGGCGGAAGGACAUCGUCGCGGUCGGCGUCCUGGGAGCGGUCGGUUUCGCGCUCGCCCUCCUCACCACGGCCAUCGCCCUCUGGGUGUCCAAGUCGAAGAAGCGGAAGAUCGAGAGGCUGGAGCGACGGAACUCGAUCCGCCAGUCCCUGCACUCCCUGAGGUCGGUCGGCUCCACCACCGGCUUCACGGAGCUCGCCUACAGGCGAAAACCCAUCGCGACUAAACACUCCACGGACACGCUGAACUCCAAGUCGCUGGACUACAGGCGCAUGCUGAACGGCGGCAGCCUGGACUCGAUGGACAAGUCGCAGCUGAACUCCUCCAUCGAGGACAGCCAGAGCUACGACGUGUACGAGGCGCACAAUCCGCGCUACUCGCCCAGCACCAGCGAGGCGUACAAGAGCGGCAACACCGGCCAGCCGAAGUACGCCGCCGCUCAGAGCGUCGACAAUCCGGUGUUCGACCUGGCUUACCGGAACGAGGGCUUCCGCCAUCACUCCACCUUCGCCGCGAGGAACGCCGACGACAACACCGACUGGGCCUCCCAGCCGAACGUGCAGUCGACCUCGCAGGACAGCCCGACGCGGGACGUUCACAACGAGAGCUCGUCGUACCUCAACAACGCCUCGACGUUGCCGCUCCACUCGAGCAUCGCCCUCAGCGACUCGAUGAGCGAGCUGAAGCAGGACAUCGAGGCGUCGGCCGCCUACGACCCGGUCGAUUACGACCCGAGGCGCACCUACGACACGGCCACGUUGACGCCCAGCCAGGCGUCGGAACCGGUGCCGGAGUACCCGUCGGACUUCCAGCCGCCGAUACCGCCGCAUCCGUACCGCUACGAGGACAGCAGGCCGCGUAGCGAGGCGCUCUUGGAGACCAACUUCGACACGAGCGAGGAGCGGCCGCUGCGUUCCAAGAGCGAGGCUCUCCUCGAGACCAACCUCGACGCGUUCCUCGUCAGCGAGCCUACGGAGCUCACGCAGUUGUCGGCGGGGGCGCGCAGCAAGAGUCAACCGCUGGAAACGGCGAUGUGAGCGCGCUCGGCUGCACUCGCGUCGACCACGGCGUUGUAUGACACACGCGCCGGUUGACACCCACCGGCUCGGCCCACCCAUCGGUGUGACGAAUCGAAUAUGUAGCGACGAUCAAAGCACUGCCGGCUUGCGAGCGAAGCUCGCACAAUGAGAGACUCUCCCGGGAAAAUACGACCACAAGUCGUUACUUGAAAGUUGCGUCAGACCAGAGACGAGUGAGACGUUCAGACAGCGCGAACUUCUGAAGGAACUCUUAAAGAUGUCUCCGAAGAACGACUGAGAUAAGUAAAACGUCCCUUGGACGUCUUUGAGACGUCUCUUAAGGCACGUCCCGCGUGAAGCGCAUAGACAUCCAGCGCAUGAAGUCCGUCCCCUUUCUCCAGCAUAUACUUUGUACGCUGAUCACGUAGAGUUGCCAUAAACUGGCCUCGGUCGCACGUGAGGGGAAGACGCACACAAAGCGCGUGCCGUGUAGAGACAAGUUUCAAGUAACGACUUGAUUGUUACGGACGUAAGAUGUCUUAAGAUGCCUUAAGUUGUUCUUUAGACGAUAAGACGUUGAAAUUUCACGUUGCCCGACGAAGUUGCGUCCGUACGAGCGCGACGCGAGUUUCACUUCGACGGAUCGUUAUUUAUUAUCAUAACGACGUGCUAUUUAAUCCCAAUUAGCGAUCAUCGGCGCUAUCUGAUCGCGCUGUUGACGACGACACCGUGAUGGCACGAAACGAGCGAUACGAACGAGUGAAUUAUGCCAGAUAAGCUUGUAGAUACUCUUUAGGUACUCUUUAGGGACAAAUCGAUCGUUAAUGUUACAUUCCUUUUGGAUAUACGUAUUAUACGAUUUAUAUGAGUAUUGAUCGUCGGGAAAAACGGGGGGGGGGGUUAAUUAUAGUUUCGUACUCGAUAUAAGAGAAAAUGCGAGAGCCACGAUUGAGUAAUUUCACUGUCGCUGCGAAGCUGUGAGACCUCGAGGGACCUCAUGUAUUCUUAAUCAACAUCGCACGUCCACACGUUGUUCUUCGUCGAAUCGUCAACGCUAUUUAACGACAACAAACGAAUUGUACGUGUCGGACUGAUCGAAGGGUCCGUUCGCAGAGAAGAGGGGCGAGUUUUCCCUCCUUUUCUAUCUGGUCAAUCCGACGUUCCACGUUGACCACGUAAGAAGCCGGGAGUUACCAAAAAACAGUGACAAACUCGAGACUCGUAUCACGCAACAACGUACACUGCCAGGUGUGUCCAAUCCGAGCCUGCUUCGAUUAAACUUCGAAGCGAGACGUACUUUAACACUCUCGAGUAUCGAUAGAUCGAUUGGCUAAAUCGGUCGGUUUUAAGGUCCUUUUAAGUGAUCACACCUUCCGGGAGGUGUCUCGUUGUGAGUUGCCGACGCUCCUCGCGCGCUUCGACCGCGCCCGGGGCUGCUCGCGCAAGCUCGAGCGCACAAGUUCGAUCGAGAUGCAGAAAAGCACCGCGCCACGGUGAGAUUAACACGAUUAAUAAUAAUAAUAAUAUUCGCGCCGCGGGAGCGCACGGGAGUGUUCUGGAUUUCGCUCGGAGGGUGAAGCUUCACUCGCGCUGACGUAGACUUUUCGAACCGCCGCCUCCUUUUUAAGUAAGCUGAUCUCAGCCGACUCGUCGUUGUCGAGAACAUGUUUUUAUAUACCUGCCUUUACAGAACAAAGUAUCCGUCCGUACCACGUAAGUUUAGCGGCAAGAUAGCAAUCGCCUCUUCCUGGCGGGGCGCGCGAUAGACACAGGAUGUCGUCCAGGCUGAAUUCUCGCCACGGAUAAGAAGAUCCUCGCACGGAGAAAACGAGUUGCUGCCGGGAUAAAGCAAAUUGUCUGUUAAUAUUGUGAAAAGAUUCGUUACACGGAAAAGAUCAUUUUGCUGUUGUGUCGCAAAACCGUCAUUGCUGCAGCGUCGUUGCGUCACUAUAUUGAACAAACAUUCGCUGUUGUAGCAAAUUUUGUUUUCUCCGUGUGGGAUCCUUUUUUUUUUUUGGAGGGGGAUUCUUCCCCCCAAGGACACUCGCGUACCUGGAACAUCCUGUGUGCAGUCGGCGUCGUCUAUGCUGUACCAUUCCUUAGAUCGAGUUUACGCCAGGCUUGUUCUUUUUAGCUGAACUAGCGCUGUAAUGAACUGACUUUGAUCUUUUUCUUAUGCUGGAUUACAUGCUCCCAGAGAACUCGAAGACGUCCUGAGGACAGUAAAACGUCCAUCGUUACGACGUAAACGAUAUCUUGGAGACGUCUUUUAAAUAAUUCUAUAUGUUGUGCAGAUUGUUUCAUUUUAACGGCGAAAAGUACGAUCCAGUUCAAUUAAAGAGAACAAACCUGCAAUUUUCAGUCUUAUACACAUAUAUACGCGUAAGGUAAAAAAAAUUGUUAUAAUUAGUUAUAAUUUAGUAACCGUUAUAUAUAUUUAAUUUUAUUUUAUUUUUAGAGCCUUUAUAUAACCCUGUCACAUUAUAAUUGAUAGAGUUACUUGUGCGAUUUUCAACCUUAUGGAUCACAUGUACAAGGCUGAAAAUCGUGUGAUUUUCCGUCUAGGGAAUGAUACGUAAGCAUACAUGCGUGACGCCGAAUAUGCAGGGUGUUGCAUCUAAGAUAAAAACACCAGUGUACGGACACGUACCUAACUCUGGGCAUUCCUGUUGUUUUGAUCUUUAAAAAUAAAUCUUUAAAUUUUAAAAAUAAAAUAUAUGCAUGUGUGUGUGUGUGUGUGUCUAUGUAUAUUCUAUGUUGAAAGUUUAAAUAAUUCAUAGUUUAAAUUUUAUGCCCAUCAAGGCUUAUUGGAGCCGCUUUCAAUCACGUGUACCCUUGUAUCUUUGCACUGGUAACCCAGCGUACUGCUCUGUAUGUAGGUGCAACAUCCUGUACGUAAGUGUGUGUGUUAUGUAUGAAUGAUAUGUAGUGCCUAUAGUCGAACGUGAGAUCAUCUACGGCGUAGAAUGCGCGUUUGACGAGUAUCUUCGCCAUAAGUUGCGUAGAUCUCUCUUAGCGGUAGCGUCGAAACUUCAGUUUCGACGAGCUUAACUAAUGAAGAAGGAAAGGGUUUACUUAGGUCUCGUCGCACGUUCUCUCUCAUAGGCACUCGCGUGAAUGGAACAAUGAUAUCACAAGGCUGCCUUAUGUAUAUUUGAGAAAUAAAGCGAAUAAAUCAAGUAAAUCCGACAGGAUUCGAGUAUCAUGAUCAUUCGCCUUCAGGAGAAUUCACAAUUAGAUUACGUACUAGGCCUUGUUCUUUUUUACGUUUUUUUUUAUCUGCACUGGAACGUUGUUUCUUUUCUCUUCAAAGUUCGAUUAGACAUGGUGAAGCAAUGGCUAUUAUCAUCUUGAAUAUCUUCGGAAUACGAUUGAGUAGAGGAGAAAACGAACUGUCUGAAUGUAACGAAUGAUAUAAAUAAAGCAGGAGCACGCAAAUUUUGCAUCGAUAUAUCAGUGGUCAUCAUUUCGAGCAUCUUCCGCAAAUGUAAGCUUUUUUCAUCUUCGACAUUCUUCUUCGAUUUCAUCUUCGAAUGUCUGUCGACAUUCUCCUCUUCCUUCUUGCAAACGCGUUUCGAACGACGAGGUGUGCCCAUACAGAAACAAUUCGGGAAUAACACGUGCGGAUGGCAUCCGAGAAUAAAAUAGGCAGUGUCUUUCAAAACAAUAUCGAAUAUAUUAAUAUUAAUAUCGUCAAUAACAUAAUUAAAUAUCAGGUUACUAUUCGUCGCAGCCGUUUUCUCGAGCCGCCAAAACGGAUAUUGGCGUGGGAGAUUCUUUCUACGUCUUUUUCUCACUCUCUCUCUCUCUCUCUCUCUCUCUCUCUCUCUCGCUCUCUCUAACAGACGAAGAAAAUCCGCAUGCCACACUCAGUGUGGCCUCAGGACGCGGUUUACGUACCAACACAUACUUAAACGGCUCCGUCCGCAUUUCUCGCGUCUAAAGGACGCGCGACAUGUAUCUUCGGCUGAAGGAUAUGUAAUCUUACGAUUUUACAGAUAUGCAUCUAUUCGUGUGUCUUGCGUGUUGCGUUGUGUAUGUGUGUAAAUAUAUAUUUAUAUAUAUAUAUCUAUAUGUGUGUGUAUGUGUAUAUAUAUAUAUAUAUAUAUAUAUGUAUAUACAAUUUUCUAAUAUAACUAUAUAUAUAUAUACUCUUAGAGGAGGCUCAUAUCGAGAUCGCCUAGUCAGGUACCUCCGGAUGCGUUCGGAUCGAUUGAUACGCUGUCACUGUCCAAGACAGUUUUCUCUCUAAGGUGACUCGGCUACAGAAUCGCAUCGCUACGACGCGAAAUAGCCACGACGACAGUGAGAACAAUCAUGAUUAGAACAAUCAUCAAUGUCUACUCGUCGCUUGAACAAAUACGCCGCGCGUCCGCUCUCACCGACGGGAAAUUACACAAUUUGCUAUUCUCUAUAUUAUUCAUCGACUCAACAUCCCCCCUUUCCUCCGCAUAUAUAUAUAUANUCUCUCUCUCUCUCUCUCUCUCUCUCUCUCUCUCUCUCUCUCUCUCCAUAUAUUAUUACUCGAUAAAAAUACGUCUACGUAUCGUCGUCCGAGGAAAGAAAGCGGAUGAAAAUGAGGGGAAGGAGGGCCACCCGACCAAGUCGACCGUCGGUGAGACCGGAGACGCCGACUUCACAUCCGCCGUUCAUCAGAUCUCCUCAGCGCAUCGGAGGCGCACCUGUACGAUCUCUAUUGCACAAGUUACCACGAAGGAGAAUUAUUACAAACUAUUGCACCAAUCGUGCGUGAUCACACGUACGGUAACGACACAACGCACGAGCACCAAUGGGGAUAUCUCGCAUUGCACAGGUCUCGUUUGCCGUCGGAGCGGAGCUCCUCGUCGUCGUGCCCACGUCGUCGCGCUCGUCGGCGCACUGAAGCGCGCGGGUCGUCGCGAAAUUGCGUUUUAGGGAAAAGGGGAGAAGAGGGAGAAAGAAGGGAACCCCCGACGGGAGGAAGGGGUCUCACUUCGGCCCGCUCGCGCGCGUGAUCCCUAAGUGGCCGGUCAGCUUCGUUGCGAGGGGGGUUGGGAAAAUCGAUGGAUCGUGCGAAUAAAGGAGUUGCACCGAACAGUAGUAUAGUACUUGAUUGAAAUACGAAUGCAGACGUCGCACGAGGAAGCCUGCGUACACUCGAAGUUAAAAAAAUGCUCGACUCAGUAAAAAAGAAACAAGCAACACGCUCCGGAAAACGUAAAUAUAAAAAUACAAUGCUCUAAAAAGCAAAGUUAAGAAUUUCAUAUUUUUGUAUAUAAAAAUAUAUACAAAGGUAUAAAUGAUAUAAAAACAUCUUUUCUCCCCUAUCGGAAGUGUAAUUCUAUAAUAUAUAUAAUUCAAAAUAUAAUUAUGAAGUUAAUUUUCUUCUCGUGACAUUACUUGAUUGUAUGUGUAUAUAUAUGUAAUAUCGAAAUGGAAGAUCAAAUUCAUUUUCUGCGUCGAGGCUUUUUGUACUAACGCAUCUCGUCAUCAUACUUUUUGCACUAAUAAAGCGCCCGCCUCGCCUUUAUUCGCACGUCCCACGAGACAUCACUCGACGUGUCGCCUUCAACUCGGGGAUGUGACUUCGGCGCGAGUCCGACGCUGUACUGAACUUUAAGGGGAUUCAUCAAUCGCGUAUCGUUUUCGGCUGACGAUCACCGGAACACAAUAUGUAUAAA